AUGGACGAUAACGAAGAGAAAGAGGAGCACGGUCAUGAAGAUCUUCCCGAAGGUCCAGGAAAGCUGUAUGAGCCUUACAUUAAAAACGAGGACAUAGUUGACAAACUAAAGCUGUUAAACUACGAAGAUGGUUUUCUGAAAAUGAAUCCUGCUUUCAAACCAGUACAGAGGCAUUAUUUUGUGUAUUCAAAGAAUGUCGGAGAACAGUUCUUCAUGUUUACCUCGUUAGCUGCAUGGCUGAUACGAAAAGGUGGCAACGAAAGUUACGAAAUGCCACAAGAGUUCGAUGACCCGAACGCUACGAUUGCUGGAAUUAUGGGGCACCUACGAGCGAACGUGAGUGAAACUUUCUCCUACUUCUUUGCUAGAGAACUCAGCAGUUUUUAA